CAGUCAUGCGCUGACAGAUGUGGAGACAGCUGCUGACGUGAACAUUUUCAAUGGAAACACAGUGACGGGUAAAACAAACAGCUGGCUCUCUGGCAUGGGCCCCUUACUGAAUUACUUGGGCUGGAAUUUUUCAUUUUGACAAUUUUAUAAAAAAAAAAAAUUGUCAUCAUGCAGUUGAAGGUACAGCUGCGAAUAUGCCAGAGCUGUAUUUUAUACCGCAAGAUUGGACUACAAAAGUUGUACCGCAGCUACACACAAAGAAAAGCUGUGAACUACUAUGACAUGCUGGGAGUCAAAACAGACGCCACCUCGGAUGAAAUAAAGAAUGCAUUUUUUAACAAGUCUAAGAAGCUGCACCCAGACAGUGAUCCAUCAAACCCGGCGCUGCACAGCCAGUUUGUGGAGCUGAAUGAAGCCUACAGAAUACUGAGCAAAGAGCUGAGCAGGAAGGAGUACGACUUGAAACUCCACCGUCCGUACAGUGGAGGCCAGGCCUUCACAUCUACUUCAGGUCGCAGCACCUACGGAAGUCCUCAUGCUCAGGAGAACAUUCAUUACUGGGAGCAGUUUCGUCACGCUCAGAAUCCAAAGAAGACAGAGGAGGAGGUGCAGUAUCAGAAGAGGAGGAACUUGCGCCUGAUGGCCUACUGCGUUGUUGCUAUGAUGCUCAGCCUCGGAGUCCACAUGGUCCUCUACAAGAUACUGAAAAAGGUUCACACUAACUUCAUGGAUGAGAAAGAUAGAGCCAUCACAAAAAUGUACAACGAGGCCAAGGAGAGAGCUCGGAUCAACGGGUUAAAGAAACAGAACGAAAUCUUGCUGCAGAAACACGCUGAAUUUCACAAGUACAAAAUGCACAACGGUGGACACGACAAGUAGGAGAUUCUUCGGCUGUGAUGGUGGAGCUGCCAGCAGGUGAAAGACGUGGAGUACGUGGGACUAGGUUUAGGACUAUUGUUUGUUUUUCAGACUUUCUGUGCCUGUUUUGUCCUCAGGUGUCAUCCUGACACACAGAUUGUGGUUGGAAUGUGUGAGAGGUCUAAUCUGCUCACACAGGUGUUGCUGUCUGAAUGCACAGAGCUGUACAUCACCGGGCCGCUCUGUUUAGAUAAUAGUUGAUGUAUUGAUUGAGGCGAUGUGAGCGUAAAGGGUUCCAGCUUCAGCUGCGUUGCAUACAAAGCUAACAUUAGCACUACGCUGAAGUUUGACACAAAGGUGGAGUUUUAUGAGCACCAUCAUGUUCCUGAAAGGAACUGAUUGAAGUCAAGCGUCCUAAAGGAUGCUUCAUCUUGUUUCCCAGGUUUUAUGAGCCUCAGGCUGUUCUGGAGGUGCGCUCUUUAAAUAAAGAGUCUGCAGAGUUAACGUGUUCCAAAUAAAAUAGUUUAUUUAAUUUUGUUUUGGGCCUUCUGACACAAUUUUCUUUUUGUUUUAAACAGAAAUAAUGAAUGACCAAUAACGGUAUGAUUUUGU